UUAAAGGCGAGCCCAGUUGCGGCGGGUGACGGCGACGGCGCGUUCUGUUCAUCAACCGGGCUGCCAGUGUGGCGAGGUUACGCGCUAGCAGAGGAUUUUUGUCGUGAAAAGCAGCUCCAUCUACGUCGAAAUGGCUGAUCAGCUUACAGAAGAGCAGAUUGCUGAAUUCAAGGAGGCGUUUUCACUUUUUGACAAGGACGGAGAUGGCACAAUCACCACCAAAGAGCUGGGCACAGUCAUGCGCUCCCUUGGGCAGAACCCAACAGAGGCAGAGUUGCAGGACAUGAUCAAUGAGGUGGAUGCUGAUGGCAACGGUACGAUAGAUUUCCCAGAAUUCCUGACCAUGAUGGCCAGAAAAAUGAAGGAUACGGACAGUGAAGAGGAGAUCAGAGAAGCGUUUCGUGUCUUUGACAAGGAUGGUAACGGCUACAUCAGUGCUGCUGAGCUCCGUCAUGUGAUGACAAACCUCGGGGAGAAGUUAACUGAUGAAGAAGUAGAUGAGAUGAUCAGAGAAGCUGACAUUGAUGGAGAUGGACAAGUCAACUAUGAAGAGUUCGUACAAAUGAUGACGGCGAAGUGAGGGCCUUGUACAGAUUUCGUAUAAAUAAUUUGCCUUUUUUCUUUGUGUAAUUUAUCUGUAAAAUCUUAUUAACCCCCUGCGUCCCCGCCCCUACUGCUGUCCAAUGGAACUGCAUGUAAACUGCAUAGGCUCUUGUCCCCAUGUCCCUUUCUUUUGCUGUCAUGAUGUUUGAGUGACGAACGGUCCAGAUGCCUGCGGAGGCCCUUGGGAGCCGGAGGACCGACUCCUCUCUCUGUUGUGCUCUGGGCCUUUUCUGGCAAGGCCACAUUGGAAACCUGUCAGCUAGUUGUCACUUGGCAACACAGUUGGCAUGGAAACAAUGUAGAGCAGUUAAAACUCUGCAUGGACUAUGGACAAAGUAUAUAUGGGAAAUCUCUCAGCAUUGCACUACUGCAAAAAAAUGACACGGGUGUAUCUCCUAGGUACUCGUACAAACUUUUUGUAUCUGCUGUUCUAUAUACCAGAAAAAGACUAAUCUUACCAUGCUUUUUAAUGUUUUACUCAUUCAUUUUCUUUUUUUAAUGGCCUCUUGCCAUGCCUCAAAUAAUCCAUUCCAAGUUGUAUAUUUUUGUUUUCCAAUAAAAUUUACAAUCUACCCAGAUUUGAAAAUUGGUCUUAUUUUCUCAGUUGUACUUGAUUGAGGUUUUUAAUGACCGUUUUUGUAUUGAGGGCUGCAUGGUCUUUUUUUAUUUUUUUAAAAGGAGAAACUUCCGCAUACUUGGGUCUAUUUUGAAACAAAUGUUGCCUGUCAUGUCCCAAAAGCACUGAGGAGCAUCAGCCAAUGCCUCUUAAUGUUAAAAUAAAUUUAAGAUGAAAUCUGUUUAAGAAAAGCAGAGUGUGUUGAAAGCUGUUCACUUUGGAAGUGUGCACAUCAGUACUUGUUAGAUUUGGCCUGUGCUGUCACUGACCACAGGCUGGGUGUUGUCUGCCUGCGUUGGUGUAGCACUGUGUCCGAGCUAACUGCCAUGUCUUAGCCUCAGUCGCAAGGUACUGGGGGUGGAGCAUGCAUCAGAAGCUAUGGUGUAAAUAAGGUGUAUCAGUUUUUGUUUAAGGUUUCUAGUUGAGUUUGUUACAGUAGCUUGCAGAGAUGCUAAGUUUGUUAUUUUGACAAAAUAAAGCUCUAUUGUGGA